AUGUAUCUCUGGGCUUCAUUCACUCUUCUUAUUGCCACGGUCGCGGCCCUAGAGAGCCCCCACCGAAAAGCCUUGAAGCAACAAGCGGCAAAAGUUUUUCCCAAAAGAGAUACUCAACAUGUCCAGACCAGCUACCAAUAUUUGAACAAAAAGACGGAACAGUUCCUUGUCGACGGAAAAGACUUUCCGCAAGUUCCAUUCGAUAUUGGUGAGAGCUAUUCUGGGCUUCUCUCCAACACACCUCACGGAAAUUCGAGCUUGUUUUUCUGGUUUUUCCCCUCUAGUAAUCCACAGGCCAGCAAGGAGAUCACAAUAUGGCUGAAUGGAGGACCGGGGUGUAGCUCACUCGACGGUCUUUUACAAGAGAAUGGCCCCUUUCUCUGGCAGUCUGGCACAUAUGCACCCGUUCGAAACCCUUACUCAUGGACGAAUCUGACAAAUGUUGUAUAUAUCGAUCAGCCAGCUGGGACUGGCUUCUCGCCUGGCCCUCCGACCGUCCAGAAUGAGACUGAUGUCUCCAAUCAGUUCAAUGAUUUCUGGAAGAGAUUCAUUCAAACAUUCAGCAUGCAGGGGUACACAGUCUAUAUUACCGGAGAAAGCUACGCAGGCCAAUAUAUUCCGUAUCUGGCUUCUGGGAUGUUAGACCGCAAAGACACGACCUUCUUUAACUUGAAAGGGAUUCAGAUCAAUGACCCAUCAAUCAACGAAGAUAAUGUGAUGAUCUAUGUCUUGAUAGCCCCGGCGGUUCCGGCUUUGAAUCAUUUUUCCAAUGUGUUUUCAUUGAAUGAGACCUUCAUGGAACAUAUCAACAAUCGCGCCGAGGAAUGUGGAUACAACAAAUUCUUAAAUGAAGCGCUAAGAUUCCCCCCUCCAAAGAGCUUUCCUAUUGCACCAGACGAAACUAAGAAGGACUGCGACGUGUGGGACCAGAUUGUUAGGGCCGCGACCUACAUCAACCCAUGCUUCAAUAUGUAUCACCUGACAGACUUCUGCCCUUUCUUGUGGGAUGAAAUGGGAUUUCCUUCUUUAGCUGGAGGUCCUAAUAACUAUUUCAAUCAAUCGGCGGUACAGAAAGCAUUGCAUGUACCAUCGACUAAUUACGCAGUCUGUGGUGAAAGUAACAUUUUUCCAGACGGAGACGGUUCGAUCCCGAGUGCCCUUGGUCCACUCCCGAGUGUCAUUGAGCGAACAAAUAAUGUCUUGAUUGGCCAUGGCUGGUAUGAUUACUUGCUAUUCAUGAACGGAUCUUUGGCCACCAUCCAAAACAUGACCUGGAAUGGGGUUCAAGGAUUUCAAACACCACCUAUUGAGCCACUCUUUGUUCCAUAUACCAACACCUUGAAUGAGAUCGCCAAUGGAAUUGAAAAAACCCCCUUCACAGCCGAUGCCGGAGCUGGCAUCCUCGGAACAGCUCAUACAGAGCGUGGUUUAACAUUUAGUACUGUUUACGGCUCUGGGCACGAAAUUCCUCAAUAUGUUCCUGGUGCUGCAUAUCGACAGCUCGAAUUCCUAUUGGGUCGAAUUAAAAGUCUCCAAGAGAAGGGGCCUUUCACUACCAAGUAG